UGUAAAGAUGGAGUUUGAGGAAGACCCCUGCAGAAUGAGAGAUGAAGAUACAGAGGAACAAACAGAUGACGAUGGAAAGGAUGUCAGUCAAAAACAAGCUAGAAAAACUGGAGUCAAAAAACCUUUCACCUGCUCUGAUUGUGGAAAGAGUUACUCACGUAAACCAGACCUUAACAGACACACGAGAUUUCACACUGGAGAAGGACUGUUCACAUGCACUCAGUGUGGAAAAGUUUUCACAGGGAAAGGAAAGCUGGAUGUACACAUGAGAGUUCAUACUGGAGAAAGACCGUUCACAUGCACUCAGUGUGGGCAGAGUUACAUACAUAAACCAGACCUUAACAGACACAUGAGGAUUCACACUGGAGAGAGACCAUAUACAUGCACUCAGUGUGGAAAGAGUUUCAUUGACACACAAAACUUAAAAUCGCACAUGAAAGUUCACACUGGAGAAAAACCGUUCACAUGCACUCAGUGUGGAAAGAGUUUCGUAUCCAGAAGCUUUCUUAAAGAUCACCUGCUCUCUCACACUGGAGUGAAGUCAUUCCAUUGUGAUCAGUGUGAUAAAACAUUUGCUGUGGCAUCAAACUUAAGAAGACAUCUUAAAGUUCAUGCUGGCGUGAAGCCUCACUUUUGUUCUUUUUGUGAAAAGACUUUUGCACAUCUGCAAAAGUUAAAAGAGCAUGAGCGUAUUCAUACUGGUGUGAAACCUUAUGCGUGCUUGGACUGUGGAAAGAGCUACACUACAGCAUGUGGAUUAAAAUCACACCAGAAGAUUCACACUGGAGAGAAACCUUACAUGUGCUCACACUGUGAGAAGUGUUUUGCUAAUUUAUCGUCCCUGCAAUUUCAUGAGAGAGUUCACACUGGAGAGAAGCCGCACCAGUGCCCUUCAUGUGGGAAGAGUUUUGCUCACUACCCAAAUCUGCACGUUCAUAUAAAAAAAAAGCGUUGCCCGAAGUUGCCCAAGUGAGAAAUGUUUCAGAUUUCAGAUUCAUCACGUCACAUUUGGUAAACAACUCUUGAAAGAUGAAAAGAUAUUAAAUCAGUCAAAUUUGGCUAUGGGGUUGGAUGGGGUUUAUUCACGAUGUCUUUUAUUAUGUAUAUGCCCUCAUAAAUGUAUUCUGAUGGCAUGUUUUGAAACAAUGAGAAAUAAAA